UGCCCUCUCACCCGGAUGUGCUGACCGUCUCCACGCAGUUGCUCAGGGCCUCAGCCUCCGGUGGAGUUUCCUCCCGCUCCAGGAGCCGGGGCAGAGCGUGUAACCGGUAGCUGGGGCAGGAUGGCGGCCCGGGCCAAGAAGCGCAGAGUGGCGGCGGCGGCGGAAGUGGAGAAGGAGGAGGCGGUGGAACGGCGGCUGGAGGAGCUGCUGUUCGGGGGCGAGCAGGCGCUGGUGGGGUGCCGGCAGCUUGGACAGCAGACAAAUAUAGGCAAAUCUUUGCUGGACGAUGAUUCCAGUGAUUCUGAGGUGGAAAAUGAAGCCAAAUCCGAUUUUCCUGUGUCCAAGAAAGCUGUGUGGGUGGAUGAAGAGGAUGAAGCAGAAGAACUUGUGGAUAUGACUCAUCGAUUCCGGAAAGGUCUACUGAAAAGCACCACGGAGAAGACUCUUAGCAUGGGGCGGUUGCAGCAGAGACUGAAGGAACAAUUCCAGGCUGCAAUGGGUGGAACGCCAUCCUGGGCAGAGAACAAAGAGAAAAAGGGAAGAAAAGACAAAAAUGUGGAGGAUGAAAGUGAUGAAGAUGAAGAUUUGUUGCAGAAAACUGGCAAUUUUGUGACGCACUCUGACUCUCUUCCCAAACGCUUGUUACAGAUAAAGCAUUGUAGACAUGCCAACUACACCAGACCGUCACAUGUAAAGCUAACAGCAUCACAGUUCCAUCCAGCUGCUCAAGUCAUCAUGACUGCUGGGCUUGAUCAGUCCAUCUCACUCUUUCAGGUUGAUGAAAAGACAAACCCCAAGAUACAGAGUAUUCACCUGGAGCGGUUUCCUGUGUACAAAGCUCGCUUCAGUGCAGAUGGAGAGCAGGUUAUCGCCACUGCCAUCAACAACAAGAUGUUCUACAUGUACAAUAUGAUGGCUGGGAAAAUCAUUCCUGUCUACAAUGUCAGAGGGUUAGAGGAAAGGAAAGUUAAAGAGUUUGAAGUUUCACCAGAUGGCUUGUUUCUGCUGCUCCUUGGGACUUCAGGGUAUCUGCACCUUCUCUCCAUGAAGACGAAGGAAUUUGUGGGUAGUAUGAAGAUUAAUGGAAGGGCAAUGGCAGCCACCUUCUCUCCUGAUGGGAGUACAAUCUACGCACAUUCUGAUGACGGAGCAGUUUAUAUUUGGGAUGUGAAGAGUAGGAAGUGUCUGACCAGGUUCAUUGACGAAGGCUGCCUGAGAGGAAUGUCUAUUGCUGUUUCUCGGAAUGGGCAAUAUGUGGCUUGUGGGUCCAGUUCUGGAAUUGUGAAUGUUUAUUCCCAAGAUACCUGCCUACACCAAACUAAACCUAAACCUGUGAAAGUUGUCAGGAACCUGGUUACCGCAGUGACAUCACUAGCCUUUAAUCCAACAACAGAGAUCUUAGCGAUUGCCUCUAAGUCCACAGACCACGCGGUCAAAAUGAUCCACAUCCCAUCUUUUACGGCAUUUGCCAAUUUCCAAGUGGUUGGUCAGAGGGCUAUUUACUUGGCGCAGGAAAUGGACUUUUCCCCCAGGAGUGGCUUCUUUUCCAUAGCCACGAACCGAGGCAAAGCCUUGCUGUACAGGUUGAAGCACUAUUCUGACUUUUAAUCUGAGACUUUGAAGAAGAACAGAUUCUGUUUUGGACACGUAGCUCUCCGGGAACAGCCAUUACUUUUGAUGUGGCACCACAAGCUGGAGCACAGUCUCAUCAGUUGGAUUCUCCACUACAGAGGCAGCUCAUAGCUUGGUCUGAGGGGAGCUCCAAGCAUUUCGUAAAGAAGUAGAGCUCUUUGUUUCUAUUAAAUAAAUUGACAGUGUGAUGGGUUUUCA